AUGUCAAAACAACUACUUCUUACAUCUGUACAAAAUGAAAUGGAAGUAAGGGAAAGAAGACGUAAAUUUACAAAUUUUGCUACAAGAUGUUUUAAUAAAGUAGUCUCUGAAGAUUUUGUAUUUGAGGAUGGGAAAUUUUUAGAAUUUGAUGAACCAAUUAUUGUUAAACAUGAUAAACCUAUUAAAGAUUUAAAUGAGGAGCAAAUUGAAAAUAUUAGACAGUUAAAUUUGAUUUAUUCAAUCUGUGAAUCAAUUGAGAAGGACAAAGAUAUUGAUAAAACGAUCAAAUAUAAUGCAAAUUAUAAAAAGAUGUUUGGAGAACUUGAAAGAGUAUUGACAAAUCCCACUGAAUCAGAAAGAGAGAUUUUAAUGGAUAAAAAUUGUGAAAAUAUGUAUAAUAUUCAUAAAGAUAAAGAAUUAGAUUUUCCAAUGCUUAAAAAAAAUAUUGAUGGAUUACCGGAUUAUAUUUUUAAACGAAUAGAUUUAUUAAAUAUUGAUCAUAAAGCGUUAACUAGAUCUUAUUUAUUUGAUUCUUGGUGUUGUAAUAUUGUAAAUGGAUUAACUGAUAAGACAUUAAUUGAAAAAUAUUUUAAUAUUGAUUAUAAUAUUUUUGAGAAUUCUGAUAUGAAAAAUUUAUCUUUGAUCAUCGCAAUGAAUAAGAUUGGUUUUAAUUAUAGUCAAUUUAUAAAAGUUGAAGAGGAUCCAAUUAAUGAUAUUAAGGAAUUAUUUGAGAAUGAUGAUAUUGAUAAUGAUUUUGAAAAAAUCGAAUAUCAUAACUUCAAUUAA